AUGAACCCAGGCAGCCCGUCACUCCUGCCCCGUUUGAAAGCCGUCUUCCUCGCCAGCAUCACCACUCUCGCCGCCCGCGACGACUACCUGUACCAGCCGCUCGAGUCAGAACCAGCAUCUUUCUCCUCUGUCGCGGCAGACUCCUCCACCAUGGGCGAACAUACCACCACCGUCCACGCCGCCUCCAGCGGCGACGACAAGGCCACACCCAUGACCACCACCACCGCCUCGGGCUACUAUGCAUCGCCCAAGAGCAACGAGGCCGACUUCUCCCCGCCAGGCGACAGCAACCUGCACCUCGCCUACAGCGGCGCCGCCACCGACGACUCGGUCACGCAGGGCCUGCACAUCCUCGAGACGCAGUCCAUCCACUGGUGGUCUUACUUGACCACGUCCGAUUUCUGGAUCAUCGUCGCCAUCGGGCAGGUCCUCGCCCUCUGCAUCACCGCCACCAACACCUUUACCACGUUUCUCGCCAACGCCAAGACCAACAUUCCCGCCUUCCAGACCGUUUUCAACUACAUCCUGCUCUUCCUCGUCUACACGACUGUGAUGCUCGUCCGCGACGGCCCUGGCGCAUGGUGGCGCGCCGCCCGCACCGAUGGCUGGCGCUACCUCAUCAUGGCGUUCCUCGACGUCGAGGGAAACUACUUUACUGUGCUCGCCUACCGCUACACCAACAUUCUCUCGGCGCAGUUGAUCAAUUUCUGGUCCAUCGUCUGCGUCGUCGCCAUUUCCUUCACCUUCCUCAAGGUCCGGUACAAGCCGUUUCAGGUGGUUGGCAUCCUCGUGUGCUGCGGCGGCAUGGGCAUCCUGCUCGCAUCAGACCACAUUACCGGCGGCAACAGCGGGCCGGCCGAGAACCGCCUCAAGGGCGACCUCUUUGCGCUGCUCGGCGCCAGUCUCUACGGUACCAGCAACGUCCUAGAGGAGUGGCUCGUCUCCAAGGCCCCGAUGCACCACGUCCUCGCCUUUAUCGGCUUCUUCGGCAUGAUCAUCAACGGCGUCCAGGCCGCCAUCUUUGACCGCACCUCGUUCCAGCAGGCCAACUGGGACUCCCAAGUCGCCAGCUGGAUCGUCGGCUACACCCUCUGCCUCUUCCUCUUCUACACGCUCGCGCCCCUCAUCCUGCGCAUGGGCUCCGCCGCCUUUUUCGACAUUUCCCUCCUCACGGCCAACUUUUGGGGCGUCAUUAUUGGCAUCCGCGUCUUUGGCCUCACCAUUCACUACCUCUACCCCAUUGCCUUUGUCUGCAUCAUCCUCGGCCUCGUCACGUACUUUCUGUCCGGCAGCCUCCUCGGCGACUCCAAGAAGCCCUGGCUCGGCGCCAACCAGGAGGCGGGCGUUGCCGGAUUCGGCACCGCCAAGCUGCGCGCCAUCAAUGCUGCCCGCAUCGCCCAACAAGAGGUCGAGCACGGCCGCCCUCCGGCUGAGGCGGCCCCGGUCGCGGCUGGCGUGGGCGGCGCUGGCUUCAUGACGCGUGCCAGGGCCAACAUGCAGAGGCUGUGGAACAAGGAGGCCCUCUAA